AUGGACAUGCAUGUCCCGCCACUCAACACAACCUCCACGCCAGCUCACAACGCCACGGAUCACGGCAAUGCCACGCAUAAGUCCUUCAGCGUGUUCGAUGGCUGUGAGAUGCAUGUAGAGGCCAUUUUAUUUGACCUUGCCGUACAGUCUGUCAAUGUCAUCGUGGGAAUUCCUGCUAACUUGCUUGUUAUUGCUGUUCUUAUCCACAACCGCAAAGAACCCUCCACUUCUGACAUAUUUAUAGGCUGCUUAGCGUUCAUGGAUUUAUACUUUGGUACCAUGACCCCCCUUGGCUUCUUGAAUCUCUUUUUGUUGAACAGCAAAGCAGUGUGGGCAUCUCGUAAGUUUUCCUAUGGGGUCAAAGACACCAGCGGGCCCUUGUUUUUGUCGUGCAUCUGCCUGGAUCGCUUUGUGGCCGUGCUCUUCCCAAUCCAGUUUGGCCAGCUGAAGCACAUCAAGUACAGGCUCAUCCUCACAAUCCUGGUGUUCUGCCUAACCCUCGCCUACUCAACAGCAAAAAUGAUGGGAGGCUUCCCCAACUUUGAGAAGGUGUUCACAGGUGAGGUCCUUGCGACGUUUACUUGGAUGGUGGCGUGUAACACAAGCAUCCUUUGGGCCCUGAAGAAGUCCCGUGGGGCUGGAAAAGAUGAAAUGCACCCCAUGAAGAAAAAAGCCUUUAAGAUGGUGCUUUCCAUCCUUUAUAUCAUUGUGUUUAACUACUUGCCACUUGUUGCACUAUUUCCUUUUGAAGACCAUUAUUUGCCUCAUGUUUUUCGCUGCUAUGUGCAGCCUGUGGGCUUCGCCUUCCUGAAUAUAAGCAGCACCAUCCAGCCUCUUGUCUAUUUGCUACGCCUUGAAAAGGUCCCAUUCCUUCCAGAUGCUUGCAUCAAGAAGUUUUCCUCCCUGUCGAAAAGUAAAGUUGCCCCUGCUCAAAGCGCACCUGCCUAA